AUGGCGUCUCCCAUCACCUGCCAUGUCCUCAACACCCUCUCCGGGACGCCUGCAGCUGGUCUCAAGGCUACACUGACCCUACUAUCGAAAUCCACGUCCUCGGAGACCAACGUGGACUUCCAUGCCAUCACCAACGAAGACGGGCGCGUGAAGGAGUGGACCUCGCCUUCGAGCGUGACGUUGUCGGAUAUCAUGGACAGAUUCGCCGCGGGGGAACGCAUCCCCUGGAGCAUCAAGUUCGACGUCGGCCGUUGGUAUGAAGAGCAGGGAAUCGAAAGCUUCUGGCCCGAGGUCGAGGUCAAGUUCUAUGUCAAAAAGGGAGAAAGACACUAUCAUGUGCCUGUGUUGGUCGGACCAUGGACCUACACUACCUAUAGAGGGUCUUAA